AUGGCUGUGCGGAAAGUGGUAACCGAUUAUGAGUCCCCUGUGUGGCAAGCCAUCCGUCAAAUUUUGCCUGGUGUAACGAUGACCGGCUGCCUCUUCCAUUACACACAGGCUGUGUUCCGAAAGGUUCAAGAAUUUGGAUUACAACAGGCCUACCGAUUUGACGCUGCUACACACAUGAUAAUCAGACAGUUGAUGGCUUUGCCCACGGUCCCAGUAGAGCAUGUUGCUCCUGUCUUUCAGCGUCUUGAGGAUUCCUCGGCAGAUGUCCCUGCGCUGCAGCAAAUUAUGACUUACAUGCGAUCGUUCUGGUUAGAUGGUACUGUUUUCACACCUCGGGAUUGGGUCGUAUACAGACAGACGAUCCGGACUAACAACGAUCUUGAGGGAUGGCAUCACCGCCUUAACAGGAGAGGCAAACGUGCUAAGAUUCCAUUCUACAUGCUCUGCACUUUACUCUACGAGGAAGCCCUCACU